AUGCCCUCUUCUGAGAUUGCAUUUCCUCUUCUUCUUUUCUCACCAAAAACUCGUCUUAAAAGGACACUUUUACACAAAUACUACACAGCUAUGAAAUUUACAAAAAGAAAUAUCAUUCCACUUCUUGUUUUCAUUUUAUCAUUUGCUUCCAUACUCAGACUUGUCAAGAUUUCUGUUAUUACUUCAUACUCCUCUCCGGUUUUCUCUGCCUUGUCUCUAGUUGAACACAGCCACAAUAUCCUCGCGGAGAAAGAAAUCAACUUUCUCUAUGAUCUUGUAUCGCGAAAAUCCCCCUGCAAUAUUCUUGUUUUCGGGCUUGAAACACAAUACUCUUCUCAAAUUUCAACAAUCAAUAGGGGUGGAUUCACUGUCUUUCUUGAGGACAACCCCGCGAAGAUCAAACUUUAUAACUCCACGAGUAAUGCUAAUAGUACUCGAAUUCACAGAGUCGAGUAUCAAACAGUUGCUAGAGAUGCAUACAAGAUUUUAAAACAUGCUAGAAGAAACCAGAAAGACUGCUACAUAUCAGCUACUGCUAGUAGUUCAAAACAUGAUCUGUAUAGUAAUUCAUCAAGAAAGUGCAAAUUUAUGUCACUUGUCACUAAUGUUCCUAAGGAAGUGUAUGAAGUGAAGUGGGAUUUAGUGAUUGUUGAUGGACCAGAUGGCGAUAAACCGGAAUCACCAGGAAGAAUGGCUGCAAUAUAUAUUGCUGGUGUACUAGCAAGAAGAAGCAAGAACAAGAAUGGGACUCAUGUAUUGGUACAUGAUGUUGAUAGAAUGAUUGAGAAGUGGUUUUCUUGGGAAUUCUUAUGUGACACUAAUUUGGUUUCUUCUAAAGGGAAAUUCUGGGAUUUUAACAUACUAGCAAAACCAAAUGCCACUACAUUUUGUCCUGCAUAA